CACAAAUCACGUUGAUGCGCAACAAAGAUUUAAAAUGCGAUGCAACCUUAAACCGGAAACUCGGACUUAACAGAUACACAGAAAAAUCACUCUGAAUUGGACUAAAAUGAGGACGAGUGGACGAACCGGAGUUAACGGAGACCAUGAUGACCUCACUGCACAUGUGACUCAUGUAUCCAGACUCAUGUAUGAGGAACGUGACAGGCGCCUGCUUGAGUUAUAUUUGCUCCCGUGAAGAUAUUUAAAGAUGAACCCUUAUGUCACCUCUCACUUUGGAAAAGUUGUCUUUCUUCUUUACUACUUGUUGAUUUGGGUUUUUUCUCUCUUUUCAUUCUUUGCAUCUGUACAAGGAAUUUUCGCACAAACCUGUGCUAGAUGCACUUUUCUCUUACGUUCAGCCUUUUCUCUUUCAUUCAAGUUUUUUUCAAAAGAGGUGAAUGAAAAGGUAACAUUAUAUAUCCUUCCCAGUCACAUUUUUUAUCAAAUACAUACAGACACAUGAAAUACUCCAUACAGCCCUUACAUUAUUUCUUUUUUCUGGCUUAAUGUUCAUUUUAGGAAUAUGUCAACACUGUUUUUCUACCUAAGAUUAUUCUAAGGUAAAUCUAAAUUGUCACAGAGACAGCCAAUGAAAAGAAAUUUAAGUGUCUGAAGAGGUCAAGGUUCAUAAUUCAUUUUCAUGAUAAACUUCCUUACUGUAGUAUAUCCAUUUUUCCUAAUCAGAUUUUCACUUAUAUCACAUGAACUUCAAUCAGAAGUGUUUUCUAUCACAAAAUGAGACUGUCUUUCAAAGGAAACCAAACUGGACAUGCAAACAAGACGGUGACACUUAUAAAUGUCACUCAUAACCGAUUGAACUGUUUGGACUGGUCCUGCUUCAUGGUAUUAUAUGCUUUCACAUGGACACAAAUUCAUUAAGUCCACAAUUUCAAAAAUACUGAGCAUACAACCAUUACAAGUGUUCAUAUUAACCGCAUGUCUCUCUUGUGUCUUCACAUCCAUCCAUUUAAAUAAGGAAAGGUGAAGAGGUCAUAAAGGGAAAGAUUGGUCUGUAUAUGCAUGUUGUUAUUUUAUUAUAUAUUAGAUGUAAUGUGAUAGAUGCAUUUUAAUGCAUGUGGAACCCAUUUCCAUACAUGUUUUAAAGCUUGAUUUGUGUCAUUGUUUUAGAUGUUUGCUUUAUGUUGUAUAGGUUUUCCUUCUGCAUUCUUAUAGUUGGCUUCGCCUUUUGUGUUUGUGCCUUUCAGCUGCUUAAUUUCUUAUUGCUAUAUAUAAGUUGCAUAAUUUAGCAUAAAGCAGCACCUUCUGUUUUCCUCACAUCCCACCAUCUGACCUGAUCAAAAAGUGUAUAGUGUUUGUUUAUUAGUAAAAAUGUUUAUCUUAUUAUAUUUACUGCAUCCAACAACCUUGGAACUUAAGAGAAUCAUCCUGGCUGUCUGGAUUCAGGCUGAUACUGGUUUUAUAUACUGAUAGUUUGACAGUUACGCAUUGUGAAGAGUUACCAGAUACAGAGAGUUUCAAAUGUCAGAGAUGAUGUCUAGUGUGAUUGUCCUCCAUCUCUGGACAGUGAUUGGCUGCCGGGAUUUGAAUGACAAACUGGACCUUUUCGUCUUUGAGUGAAUGACAUCGAUUUUGGAUAUAUCUAUAUAAUUCUGAGAGUCCUCUCAAAACCACAUUUUUUACACUGGAUUUAUUUGGCACACUAUCAAACUGAACUUCUUUUGACUUUAUUUGCAUCUUUCGUUAUUGGUUGUUAUGCUCUAAAUCCUCUGUAGUAAAAAUUUUAACAAUACAAACAUCUGCCUUAAUGGGGGCUGCUCGAGUGAAGCGACGCUUCAGUGCGGUCGUGGACACUCCUUUGGACGAGGAGGAAGUCAUGAGGUUGGCUCAAAGUGAUGACGUCACUUCGCCCUCCAUGAGUGAGCCUCCAUCUUCCAACUGCAACGGGAAAGUACUUAAUCUUCACCGUUGCAACGGAGGAAGGAGUGGAGAAAGGGACGACGAUGAUGAAGAUGAUGAUGAUGGUGGAGAAGGAGGAGGAAGGAGAGGAGGAGAAAGGUGUGGCCCAGUGCUCAGGGGUGAGGCUGGGGCAGAAGGGAGGUGGGAGAAGAUAAGACCAUCAUCCUCACCUUCUCUCUCGCCCUCGCCGGCCCGUGAUCGCCAGUGCCGCCAGCCCCGCCGGCGCUUUGUAGGCAAGGACGGGCGCUGCAACGUCACUUUCGUCAACAUGAGCGACAGGGGCCAGCGCUACCUCACCGACCUAUUCACCACCUGUGUGGACAUCCGCUGGCGAUGGAUGUUCGUGGUGUUCACCCUCUCCUUCUUGCUCUCCUGGCUUCUCUUCGGUUUUGCUUUCUGGCUCAUCGCCGCCGCUCACGGGGACCUGGCUCCCCCAGCAUCAUCUUCACCUUCAUCUAUUUCUUCUUCUCUCGCUCCUCUGGAAGCUGAAAGGGGUUACGGUCCAGCAGUGACAGAAGAGACGGAGGAACACUGCUUUCAGCAGGUGAACAGUUUCAUGGCAGCGUUCCUCCUCUCUUUGGAGACGCAGACGUCCAUUGGCUAUGGCUUCCGGAGCGUUACGGAGGCCUGCCCCCUGGCGGUGCUGGCUGUCGUCUUGCAGUGCAUUGUGGGCUGCAUCAUCGACGCUUUCAUCAUCGGGGCGGUAAUGGCUAAGAUCGCCAAGCCCAAGAAGCGUAAUGAGACGCUGGUGUUCUCGAAUAUGGCAGUUGUGGCCAUGAGGGACGGGAAACUCUGCAUGAUGUGGCGAGUGGGAAACCUGCGCAAAAGCCACCUGGUCGAGGCCCAUGUACGAGCACAGCUCCUGAAGCCACGGUUGACCCCUGAGGGCGAGUUCCUGCCAUUGGACAAUGAAGACAUAAAUGUCGGCUUUGACACUGGAACAGAUCGCAUCUUUUUGGUGUCGCCUGUGACCAUCGUGCAUGAGAUUAAUGAAGAGAGUCCAUUCUUCGAGAUGGACAGACGUACACUAGAGGGAGACAAAGAACUGGAAGUGGUGGUAAUUCUGGAGGGCAUGGUGGAGGCCACAGCCAUGACAACCCAAUGCCGAUCUUCAUAUCUGGCCUCUGAGAUCCUCUGGGGUCACCGUUUCGAGCCUGUGCUCUUUGAGAGGAAGAACUGCUAUCAGGUGGACUACUCCUACUUCAACAGGACAUACAAGGUUACGGACAUGCCCACCUGUAGUGCUAAAGAGUUAGCAGAGAGACAAUACAUCUUGGGAUCCCGUUCCUCUUUCUGCUACGAGAACGAGGUGGCUCUGCAGCUCUCCUCCUCUGUCUCUCCCUGCCUUGACCAGUACUCUCCCUCCCCCUCGUCUGCACCCUCUCCGUCACCUUCUUGCGUACACCCCACACCUCCACCCCGACAGGACUCCUGUAGUGAGCAUCCACAUAUACACUGAGCCAUGUGGCUGGAAUCAAAGGGGAAAGCAAUGGUCAGGGUAAAAGAGAAAGAAUGGAUACGGGCCAGAACGCUGGGAGGAGUUAGAAUUGGGGGUAGGGAGAGAGCGAGAAGAUCAGAAUAGAGACAAAGGGCUGGAAAGACAGACUUGGUCGGGGGACGGAGGCAAAGAGAGUCAUAAAGGAACAAUGUAAGACCUUGGGUUGAUAAAUGACAAUAGAUCUUACUUACGACAGAGAGGGGUGAGAAAAGACAAAAAGCACAAAAGAUGGAGAGUAGGGGAGUUAAAUGGGCUUUUCACUGCCUUGGGACGUAGAGACUGAUAAAGGGUUGGAUUCACUAAAUAGUGGUGCAUAAAAACCUGCAUCCUUUUUGAUAACCAUCUACAAUCUAGUUUUACUAGGCUAUGUGCAAAAAUGUUUCACACCUCAUUUUAUUUACAUUAGGAUUCAGGUUUUUUAUUACACAUUGCUCUGUAGGUAUUUCUGUGCAUUGUAUAUUAGCGGGAAUAUGGUAAUUCAAGCUAUUAUUUAAUAAUAAAAACCAUAUGGUACAAGCAGGUAAA